AUGAACCAUUCAAGAGACUCAGAGAGCCUCUGGGCGCCGAGGCAGAGAACCCCAAAGGCGAGCAAGAACCCUGAUCUGGUUCAUGGUAUCGGCAAAUACUCAAGAUCAAAGAUGUACCACAAGAGGGGCCUCUGGGCCAUCAAGGCCAAAAACGGUGGCGUCUUUCCUGGCCACGGCGCCAAACCCAAGACAACCCUUCCUGCAGAUAAGGCCCCCCCCCCCAAGUUCUAUCAUGUGGAUGAUGUCAAGAAGCCCCUCUUCAACAAGCAGAAACCCAAUACCACUAAGCUCAGGGCUAGUAUUACUCUGGGUACCGUGUUAAUCAUACUUGUUGGGAGGUUCAUGGGAAAGAGAGUUUUUUUCCUCAAGCAGCUUCCAACUGGAUUGCUUUUGGUCCACUAA